AUGUCUCAUCACAGUUCAACCGGCCAGAGGUCCCCGCCUUACACCGGCGCGGACGACUCCUUUCCCAACACCACCCAUACCAACAGCACCACCAACCAAAGAGACCCCGCCGAUCGCCGUCGGACCCAGAUUCGCCUUGCGCAAAGAGCGUAUCGCAAUCGCAAAGAGACUGCUAUUCAGACUCUUGAGAAAAAGGUCAACGUGCUUCAGGACACCAAUGAGGAGAUGAGCAAGGCUUUCAUGAACUUGUACGACACCGCUCUCUCCCAUGGGCUCCUAUCGGCCGCUCCAGAGUUUGGUCGCCAGCUGCAAGCCACGACAGAAAAAUUCGUCGCCCUGGCCAGGAAGAUGAGCGAUGACGCUUCCUCGCGGGAUGGCGACCAAGCUUUGGAGAACGAGUCCGACGGCCUCGCCGGAAGCGUCGUGGCCCACCUCGGGAUUAAUAUCUCCCGGGGCUCCGGCGUCCACGGCGACUCCGGCGGGAAAUGGCGAGGCGACGAAUGCAGGCUCGAACAGAAGGGGUCAGAUUCGAACCGCACCGCCUCGACCCUGGAGGCGCGUGGCGAGGCUAGUAGCCAGCGAAACGACCCGUCGGUGCCGUUUGGUUACCAGUUCCCGAACAAGAGCUCGGGUGCGCGGAGCGGCGUCGAGAAGUUCUCGGGCAACGCUAGUUACCCAUUCGCAGCCGCGCCUCUGCCGCCCUUUCGCGUGUUCCCCGUGCCAUCGUCGUAUUCCUACCUGGAACGCACCUUCGGCCGGCGCAUACAGAGGGCGACUCUGGAGCAGGCCCUCGUCUUGUUGAAUAUGCCCAGCCCUCCCCGUAUCUACGCAGCCGUCUUUGGCUUUUGUCUUUUGUUUCAGUCCCGCGAGAAAAUUAUUCAGAGAGUAACUGACUGUAUCAGUCGGCACAACCGACAAACCCUCGACAACUGGAAGUUUCCGUUCUUCCAUCUUGGUGGCGCCGGGUCGUUCUUCAACCUCGUAAGCCGCUCUGCUGACUCUAGUGACGUGCCCACCACCGAUUCCGGUUCCACAAGCGGCGACAGCACUAGCGCCAGCGCCAGCGCCAGCGCCAGCACGCGUGCCGGUGCCCCUUCCUCCUCCGACCUCGCCGCGCCCCUCCUCGGAAACCAGGACACGCAAGGGCCGCACAAGCCGUCGCCCGACGCCAACUUUGCCAUGGGACCCUUUGACGCCCUUGUAGAGGAAACAAGGGACAUUCGUAUGGAUGAGCGGAUGCGCAUGACGGUGCCCGGCUUUCAAGAUUUCGUCACCGUCAACAUUGAUCCCGACGACUUUUCGCUCGAUUCCAUCCGUGGAACGACGCAACAGACGCCGGAAGGCUUCAACUACUUCCCGAGUAAUAACCAAACGGAGGCGGACAAUGUGCCGAGUGACGACGUGCCCAUGACGACCUUGUUCCAAAAUGACACCAUUCUAGACUCGAUUCUCGCUCCACAAACAAGCGUGUCUCUAAGCGAUCCCCUCUUCUUCCAUGACUUUGUAGAUCCUUUCGCCCCAGAUACAGGGAACGUAUCAAUACCACUCUCCUGGACGCCUCAGCCAAAAGCACCCAAGACGAAGCAAAGGGUCUCGCUCAAUGUAGAAAAAUUCGUGGUCGGUUAG